AUGGAUCCCAAAUCAAAAAAUAUUCUGUUAUGGUUAACUUUAGUCUCAAUUUCAGCAUCAGAAGUCGUCUCGAUAUGUCCCACCCCAGAAACAAUACUUCCCUGUAUAUGUACACAUCGACGUGAGGAUAUUCAGAUAUGGUGUACGCACAGCGAUUUGCAACAAGUUUUGAAAGGAAUACAAAAAAUCGGCGAAUACGUAAAAAAACCCAUAGAUGAGCUGAUAAUUGAAAAUAAUUACCUGCCGUCAUUGCCUGGAAAAAUCUUUCAAAAUGUGAAAAUUCAAAGAUUGAUGAUGCGUCACAACGCACUGGAACGCGUGUCAGCAGCAUGGCUGGAGACACAAGAACUGAAUUUGGUUGAAAUAUUCAUGGUUGAAAAUGAAUUAAAAAGUAUUCCAGCUGAAAGUUUACAAAAAUUACAAAGUUUGCAAGCUAUUACUAUUCAGUCGAAUAGUCUGAAAAGAAUUCCUUCAUUCGUGAACAUGCCAAAACUUAGGUACAUUAACAUAGAGUCAGAAAAUUUAAGCUUUCUCAAUAGAAACACAUUCGCAAAUUUACCAAAUCUAGAAAGAUUAUUUAUACGUGGGAGCGCAAAUUUACGAAUAUUGGAACAAAAUGCUUUGUAUAAUUUGCCCAAAUUACAAAAACUAGAAAUUACAGAUUGUGGAAUUACAGAUAUUCAUAUGAGAGCUCUAUCUCUUCUCCCUAAACUUCAACAAGUAUCAUUUAAGAAUAACAACAUUUCAGAUGCGUCUAUGGUUGGUAGAGCUAUUAGAGAUUUACCAAUGUUAUCUUUAUUAGAUCUGAAUUAUAACCUAAUUGACAAAUUAAACGAGGGUGCAUUCGUUGAUCAGGCAAUGUUAGAAACCUUAUAUUUAUCACAUAAUUAUAUAAAUAUUAUACACCAUGGUGCCUUCCACAGAGUACCAAAAUUGAGAAUAGUUGAUUUAAAUUUUAACAAUAUUGUAAGAAUACAUCCUGAGUCAUUCUUGCAGCAAUCAAGCAGUGGAGUUGAAGAAUUGAGUCUUAUAGGAAAUAAAAUUAUGCAUAUAUCUGAAUUUAGAGCAUUGUUAGAAGCAUUGCCGAGAUUAAGAUUUUUGGAUAUGAGCGAUAAUUUACUUCAGGAAAUUCCUAGAGGUGCUUUGAGAGGUCAUCCAAACUUAGAGCGAUUACAUUUAAAUAGGAACAGUAUAAAGUUCAUUGAAGGAGAGGCAUUUGUGGCUAUGCCGGCGCUACGAGAGUUACAUUUAAGUAAAAAUGCCUUAGGUGAUACGAACGAAGCUCCGUUUUGGAAUUUGCCCUCUUUAAAAGGCUUAGAUUUGUCCCAUAACUUAUUUCAACGACUGCAACCUAAACUGUUAUAUAACCUUCCGUCUCUGAGAAGAAUUAAUCUAAGCAAUAACAAAUUAUCAGUAAUAGAUCCAAUAACUUUUAUUGAAACACCUUUAUUAGAAUACGUAAAUAUUUCUGGUAAUUAUCUGGUUUCUAUACACCCCGCAACGUUUAGAAAUUUAGGAAAUCUUUAUGAACUCGACGCUAGUUCAAAUAAAUUAAUUGAGUUUGUCCCUGGAUUGCCAAUGAGAUUGGAACAAUUAAAUUUAAAACGGAACCAGAUAACUAAUUUGCCAAUACCUCCCUCUCCAGAUUUAGAUCUUCCGUCUCUAAGAACUUUAGACAUUUCUAACAAUGGAAUACAAAAAAUACCUAAUGGAACUUUUAAAAAACUCCAUAAUCUUCGCAGACUUUUUAUGAAACGCAAUGGUCUGAGACAAAUCCAUGCCACAAUGUUUAGUGAUUUAGACAGUUUAGAAAUACUAGAUUUAAGUUUUAAUCAAAUAAUUUCAAUCCAUUUGAAAAGUUUUACAAACCUCGCUCACCUUAUGGAAGUUAUUCUAUAUGGUAAUAAUGUUGAAAACUUCGAUUUCAUGGCCAUUCAAGAUAACACUGAAUUAUCGGUUUUAGACAUUAGCAAAAAUAAAUUAAAAUGUUUCACUCCUAAAAUUGUAGAUAAAGCAUUAAAGGUUGAAAUUUUAAAUAUUUCGUCAAAUAGCCUUCACGAACUUCCCUUUACAUUAAGCUUGUUACCAAAAUUGAAAGUAUUAGAUGUAAGUUUUAAUUACAUAAAACAUUUUGAAGGCAAUGUAUUUAGUAAGCUACACGAAUUAAAGAACAUUAAAUUACCUUACAACAAAAUCAUGGACAUACGGAGUGGUAGUUUUAGAGACCUUAUUAAUCUUGAAACAAUAGAUCUUGACAAUAAUAAAAUAGAAAUAAUACACCCAUUAGCUAUAACAAAUCUUCCGAACAUCUUAUCUAUUUACCUAAGCAGAAAUCAUAUAAUUGAUAUUCCUGAUCGUGUAUUUAUAAAUUUGCCAAAACUAAGAGUGAUAGAACUGCAAGGUAAUCGACUUCAAUUUGUAUCAACACGAGCAUUUGAAAAUACACCUUUAGUACAAUAUUUAAACGUUAGCAAUAACCAACUAACUAGCUUAGAAAAUUCUGGCAUAAAAAAUUUAUUUUCUUUGGAAGUCUUAGACUUGAGUUUCAACAAGUUGACAAAAAUUACAAGCGAAUCAUUUCGACAUAUGGAAUGGCUGGUCGAACUAAAUCUUGAUAACAAUCAGAUAUGCCAUAUAAGUGGAAAACCAUUUGAUAAUAUGCCACGACUUAAAAUUCUCACAUUACGGCAUAAUAAGUUAACCUCAGUGGCUGAAAGUCAUUUUGAAAAAUUAAGAAACAAUAUCGCAAUUUUGGAUAUUGACGAUAAUCCUCUGGUUUGUAACUGCGCCGUGAUUUGGCUGAAAUCUUGGUUACUUGAAUCAACAUCCACUGGACCAAAAUGUGCGGAUGGUACCUACGUUAAAGAAAUGCCGUUUUCUCGAAAUGAUUGUCUUAAUGCUCCAAUUCCAAACUAUGACAUAAAACCGUGCAUGACACAUGACAACGAAGCCCUACUACCUAAUUUAGCGACAUCUCAAGUUUUCUCAUCAAUAGACAAGAUCAAUGGAUGGACACAAGAAAAAAAUAAUUAUCAGAAUAAUAAAAUUAACACUCGACCAUCUCCAGAAGAAUCAGAAUAUUUUUAUGAUGAGUAUGUCGAUUACCCGUUUAAUGAAACAGUUAUAGACAAUUUACAUGAUAAUUAUACAAAAAAUUACGAAACUCCAGACGGUUUACCAUAUACAUCUAAUAUAAAGUUGGAUUUUAAAAAUACAUCGAAUACCAAUUUAGCCACUACAGAAAAUAUACCAACAAGCGGAUUGACGUUUUUUGGUAUACCUCUUUCUUCUAUAGACGUAGGCAAAAUCUUUAACAGUGGCAGAAAAAUUAAUUUACUUGCGAAACGAAAACCAAAUCUUUCCAAAAACCAAGUGACAUUACCGGAGCCACCAGAAUUUGAAACUGGGGGCUUCACACCAAUGCUUCCACCUACAGAUGGUGGUUUUAUGCCUAUUUUAAAUCCCACAAUAGCAGAUUCUGGUAGCACACAAGCUUCUAUUCCCAAGCAGGAGUACACAAAUUAUCAAAAUAUGGAAUAUACUAAUAACAGUUUUGCCACAGCAGAAAAAAUACCACCAAUAAAUUUUAUUCAAAACAACACAAUGCAUACAAAAUCUACAAGUGUAAUUCAUGAAUUAGAAGCUUACAUAAACCAUAAUAAUGGCACCCAAAUAACUUUUAAUAUGACCAGAAAUGUAGAGGAACAAAAUAGUAAUCCAACUAAAUUGAAUAAGCACCAUUUAUUGAAGGAUUUGACUAUAACUCAAGUUACAGAAAAAGAAAGCAUUAUAACAACAGAUACAAGCAACGACAUGUCGGAGCAGACAUGGAUUGAGUCUACUACCAUUCCACACUAUUCUUCAAUACCGGUAACAUUAACACCGCUAAUGAAUAAAAACAUGGAUAGCGAACCUACAGCUCUUUCAGCUGUUUUAAUACCAACAAACGAAGAAUUGGUAAGACGAGAGUACAGUAAAAGGCCAGCUACGAUUACUAAAGUCAGUUUGCCACAUUUGGAGCAACAUUCCGAUGCAAAUAACCAUUAUAUACCGAUAAAUUACAGAGAGGCUAAGACUCAAUUCUCUGAUAAAAGACAUAUUACAAAUUCAAGAACAAAAAAUGAGGACUAUAAGGACUGGUAUUACAAAAACUACAAUAAUUCUAAUUUAGAUCCAUAUAUUGCACCUGACAAGAGUACUUCAAAAAGUAACUCACUUUUAUAUCAGAAAUCUAUUGUUUAUUGUUUGCCAUUGUAUUAUUUCAUGUACGUAGUGAAUAAUUUAGAUAUUAGAGUGUAA